GAACGCUCGCCUUUCCCACCGUCCCAAGCGCAUCAACAAAACCAAAACAUCCAAAAGUAAACAAAACAUUCUUUUCUUCCUUUUUUCUCAUACGAAUUUGCCCGUGUUACGUGCCGUCCUGAGCAAGGUUCAAUUAACUUAUGUUAAACACAUUCUACCAAAAUCAUUAGUCUCGAAAGGAAGGUUGCAAAAGUUCACAUUAGCUGAGCGCCGGCCGUUUGUAUGUGUGGCAUGACCGGGCACAAAAUGCAGGAAAGUACGAUCUACCAGUUUCUGCCAGUGUUGCUAUGGGGGCUUGCGGUUCCACUGUCCAUGUUUAUGUGGAUCGGCAAUGUGGCCUACUCGAAGAUAGCAAGCGAUGGGUCGACUGAUAGUAUUAUUCCACCGACCCGCUGGCUGUUUUCCGUGCUCGUGCCCCUGCUGCUGAUGGUGUACGGGUUGCGGCGCAAGGGUGUGAACAGAUCCGGCGCCGCCUUUGGGCUGGCCUGCGCCGUGAUUCUCUCGAUAGCAUCGCACGCGUUUCUCGCCUGUCUGGCGGCGUUCUUCUUCAGCUCGAGCCGGGCGACCAAGUUCAGGGGCCACGCGAAGCGUAAGUUUGAGGAAGAUUUUAAGGAGGGCGGCCAGCGGAACUGGGCCCAGGUGAUCUGCAAUGCGGGCAUGGCGACGCAGCUCGCGCUGCUCUAUCUGCUCGACUGCGGGUACGGCGAGCGGCCGAUCGAUUUCGUCAAUCUGUACCGCUCCAGCUGGCUUGGGGUGGCGGUGAUGGGUUCGUUCGCCUGCUGCAACGGUGACACGUGGGCCAGCGAGCUGGGCACGGUGAUUGGGAGCGGGGAUCCGAUACUGAUCACUAGUCGGAAGCGGGUGCCGCGCGGCACGAACGGGGCCGUUUCGUUGGUCGGGCUGGUGGUGAGCUUUCUGGGUGGCACACUGAUCGGGCUGGUGUACUUCCUCACCGUGCGGUACACGGUGGAGGCGAACGUGUACCAGAACAGCCCGAACCAGUGGCCGCUGAUCGUGUUCGGUGGGAUAGCGGGUUUGCUGGGGUCGUUGGUGGAUUCGCUGCUCGGCGCUACGCUGCAGUACUCGGGGCUGAAUGAGCGAGGGCAUAUAGUGGAGCGACCCGGGAAGAACGUGCGACACAUCAGCGGGGUACGCAUUUUGGACAACCAUAGCGUCAAUCUGAUCUCGACGAUCGUGACCGGCAUCGUGAUGCCCUCGAUAGCGAUGAAUCUCUGGCCAAUGUUCUGAACCGGACGGAUGGGCAGGUAGGUAGGUAGGGUAGGUUGGGCGCGUACACUCGAACCCUGUUUUCGCUGUAAUCAGUGAGCAAUCGGAGGCAAACAGAUAGUUUUACUUAAGUGACUUAAUUUCUAACGGUGUGGCCAGCUAAUACAUUUUGAAACGAA